CCUAUUGGGCCCCGGAACAAGGGACGCUCUCCCAGGCCUUGGUUCUUCUUGUUUUGUUCUCCUCUCGAGUGUCUGGUCGGUUGGGCAGUGUAAGUGUGGCUGGGGGUGAAUGUUGAGGCCUUGUUUCCUGCCGGCCCAUGGAGUCCAAAACUACCUACCUGGAAGAACUUCCACCUCUCCCUGAGUAUGAAUUGGCUCCAUCCAAGUUAGGAGGGGAAGUGGAUGAUGUUUAUCUCAUUCGAGCUCAAGGAUUACCAUGGUCGUGCACUGUAGAAGAUGUGCUCAGCUUUUUCUCAGACUGCAGAAUCCACAAUGGUGAGAAUGGAAUACACUUCCUUUUAAAUAGAGAUGGGAAACGAAGGGGUGAUGCCUUAAUUGAAAUGGAGUCAGAACAAGAUGUGCAGAAAGCCUUAGAAAAGCACCGCAUGUACAUGGGGCAGCGGUAUGUGGAAGUAUAUGAAAUAAAUAAUGAAGAUGUGGAUGCCUUAAUGAAGAACCUGCAGGUCAAAUCUUCACCUGUGGUAAAUGAUGGCGUGGUUCGAUUGAGAGGACUUCCUUAUAGUUGCAAUGAGAAAGACAUUGUAGACUUCUUUGCAGGACUGAAUAUAGUAGACAUUACUUUUGUGAUGGACUUCAGAGGGAGAAGAAAAACAGGAGAAGCUUAUGUACAGUUUGAAGAACCAGAAAUGGCCAAUCAAGCUCUGUUGAAACACAGGGAAGAAAUUGGUAACCGAUAUAUAGAGAUAUUUCCAAGCAGAAGGAAUGAAGUUCGAACUCAUGUUGGUUCUCAUAAGGGAAAGAAAAUUGCAUCUUCUCCUACUGCUAAGUAUAUAACUGAGCCAGAAGUGGUCUUUGAAGAACAUGAAGUAAAUGAGGAUAUUCAACCAAUGACUGCUUUUGAAAGUGAGAAGGAAAUAGAAUUGCCUAAGGAGAUGUCAGAAAAGCUUCCAGAGGCUGUUGAUUUUGGAACUACGUCUUCACUACAUUUUGUUCACAUGAGAGGAUUGCCUUUCCAAGCCAAUGCCCAAGAUAUUAUAAACUUUUUUGCUCCACUGAAGCCUGUUAGAAUCACUAUGGAAUACAGUUCCAGUGGGAAGGCCACUGGAGAAGCUGAUGUGCACUUCGAUACCCAUGAGGAUGCUGUUGCAGCUAUGCUCAAGGAUCGGUCCCAUGUUCAACAUAGGUAUAUUGAAUUGUUCCUGAAUUCAUGUCCGAAGGGAAAAUAAAACUUCUAAGGACUCCAGAUAAUAAGGAUAAAGCAAGAAGCACUUCAUUUGCACAUCUUUCUUGGACAUGGGAUAUAAAGUUUGAAUUUUUAGCAGCAACUGCUAGAGAAAGGAUUUUGGGAUUUUUGGUUAAUUGCUUAUAAAAAAUUUCCAUAGUGGGCUGUUUAGAAAGAAAAAGGAAAUAUUCAGUUUGGGAUUAAAUAAACCACAAAAUUUAAAUUUUUGUUUAAACUGUCUAGGAUCUGAUUUAAAAUCUGGUCUUUUAUUUUAUACGAUUAAACAGUUUGUUUUCAUAGAGGAUGUGUUAUCCAGUGUAAAGACUGCGUAUUUUUAUUCACCACUGUCCUUUAAAAUAUUUCUCCCAUUUUAAAAAUGAACUUGUUUAAGAGCUCUGAUAUAAAACUUCCUAUGAAAUAAAAUGCUGAUUUAUUUUAACUGAAAACUCACCAAAGCAAGGAAGGGCUUCAGACCAUUGAACCAUUAUGGUUUGGCAGAGUAGCUACAAUUUUAGGUGUAUUUGAUGACUUAGGGGUAGGAAUUAAAAAGAGUCAAAACAAAAAAGUAAGUACUACAGGUUAGUGAGUGUAAAUAACUAUUUGACCGUUUCAUAUCUUCAGAAAUGUUUUGCCUUCUCAGCCUUGUGCUAAAGGCAUUUAACAUUAAUGCCUGUAUACUUGAAGAAAUUCUAGUCUCAACUUAAAAGUUGUCUUAAUAUACCUCCCACCCCUUUUUUUUGGUUUUGGGUAAAUAGUAAGGGUGUUAGUCUCAAACCUGUAAAGUGACAUGUUAAACAGUCCUGACUAGUAAGGACAUUAAUGGCUUCACUUGAAUUUAAACCAGCUCUAGAUAUCUCAGUCUCCUCAUUUGCUUUUUCAGUGGGGUAGCACAUCCCAUAUUUUAGAACAAGUAGGGGUGCCUUGCUUAAAUAAAAAUAGCAUUUAAUGUAUAAUUGUGUGAAGGGUUCAUGGAUAAAGCUGUACUUCUGUCACAUUAUGACAGUACUUUCUGCUUUAAUAUUAAAACAGCUCGUUAUUUAAAUAUUGGAUAAAAAUGGCUGGCUUCAAAAUGUAGUCAUUAAUAAACUAAUUUUAUGUGCACCUGUGUAGGAGAAUCAACGUCCUGUAUACUUUCUUUGCCUUGUUCCUGUUCUCAGGGUGACGACUGCUAUGUAGUUACCAGGAGAUGUAAUGCUAAUUCUUAAAAUUGAAUUAGCACAGGUUUCUGAGAGGCGAUAUCUGGUAGAGAGAGUAUGUCUUCUCUCAACAUAUAACCAUCUUUGAUUAGCAGCUAAGAUACAAAAUCACUGUAUUGUAAAUAGUCAAUAAAUGAAGGCUUGUUUCAGGCUGAAGAUUACCUAAAAGGAUUUAUUUUGGAGUGUGUGAAUCAAAUGAAUAUAUUUUUAUUAGAUAAAGUCCUGGUAUAUUAUUAUAAGAAGAAAUGAUUAACUUUUAGUUACGUUUGUUUUUAUCAUCCUAUAAGAACAUGAUUUAAUUAACCAGCUUUAUAGUUUCAGUAUUACUUAGAUGGAAAUGUGUUUUUAUGUAUGUAUACUAAGCAGUCAGAACUGGUGUCUGUAGCUGUACGAUCUAUUAGAAUGUGAUCUUUUCUCCUUUUAGCAGUAGAUUUGCUGUGGAAAAAAUCUGUAGGUCUAUUGAGAUUGGGGUUGGUGAGGAAUUCAUUUGCUUUUUAUUUUAAAGUUGAUGUUUCAUUUACAUAUCUUUGGGAAAAGAAUGAGAGCAAAAGUAUUAGAAAGUUGUGUAGUAGGUAAGCUUGAAGGGGUAUGUCUUCUUACCACACUGGUUGCUGAGUUCUCAGUAUAAAAGGUGGCCGCCAUUCUGGGGAAGUCAUCUAAUGAAUUCAUGUACUUUUCUGUACUUCAUUUAGUAAGUUAUUACUCAUAAUUUAAGGUAGUAAAUGAAUGAUUGCUGAUAAGGCAAAUAUAGAAAGCACAAAAAAAAUAAAAGCAAUCACUUAUUUCUAUCCAAUCAAAAGACAUAUUUUCGCCCAAAAUUUGACAAAACUAUGUUGUGUCAUCAUUUGCUAUUGAAAGAAGUAAUGACAGUGAGCUGUUUGUCUUUAUAAUCUUGUGGUAAAGCUAUCAAAAAUAGGAUUGGAUAUGGCCAGGUUACCCAUAUCUAGUUUUAGCUAGCUACUUCUCAAGGAAUUGCAAGGGAGAACUCUGAUAAGUAAGUGUGUAGAUACCACAGAGGAAAUUGCUGAGGAGUGUGAUCUAAUCUGAUAUACUACUCACUGAUAGCAGAGAAUUAAGUAGAAUUAGAAUGUUUGGCCCUCUACUAUGGCUAAGUGAAUGAGGAUUCUGCCAGCUGGGAAGGGAGACUGAGUCUGCUAUGGAGUGGAAGGUUCUAAAUCCUUCUCACUACAUCUUCAGUGCAGGAAGGAAGAAGCAGGAGAUAGCUACUUCAAUCUACAUGACAUUCGGAGGCAAUGACCCUGUUUAUUAGUAGUCAGCACACCCUGUUGGCAUUCUCUGCCCUAAACAGUCCUUAUUAGCAGAUUAUCAUUUGGAGAUUUUUCUCUGCAUUACAUCUUAUUCAUUUUAUAAUUUAAAACAUUCCAUCGUUUUGAGAGUUUUCCCUAAAUUAUGUGAAAGGGUUCACAUUCAGUUGGUAGAACUUGUAUUAUAGAGUAGAUGGUAUAUCUCCAGACAUAAUUUCCUAAGUAGAAGCAGGCCUAAAUUCCAGGGGCUUUGAAAAAAGAAAAUUGUUCUAAUGUAGUAGAAAUAGUUCCCACUCUACCCUCACACCCCAAAUUCAGCAGAUUAGAAAAUAAUCUUUGAAAUUUGUAGGAAGAGAAUAAAGCUCCUAUGAACAUUCAUGUGUAGGUUUUUGUGUAUACAUAAUAUUUCAACUAAUUUGGGUAAAUACCAAGGAAUACGAUUGCUGGAUCAUGUGGUAAGACUGUUUAGUUUUGUAAGAAACCUCCAAACUGUCUUCCAAGGUGGCUGUACCAUUUUGCACUCCCAGCAAUGAGUGAGAAUUCCUGAAGCAAGUCAUCCUUGCUAGAAUUUGGUGUCAGUGUUUUGAAUUUUAGUUAUCCUAAUAAGUGUAUAGCAGUAUCUUGUUUUAAUUUGCAAUUCCAUAGUGAUGUAAGAUGUUGAGCAUCUUAUUAUAUGUUUAUUUGAAUCUACAUAAUGUCUGGUGAGAUCUCUUUUCAGAUCUUUUGCCCACUUUUUUAAUUGGGUGGUUUUCUUAAUUGAAUUUUAGGAAGGGAUAUAAGAAGAUUUAGUUUGGUUCUUAAGCCAUGAUGAUCUGAGAAUAAAUGAGUAAUUUUAUAUUUAUAUUUUUUGAAUGAAAUAAGAUUCUAGAGAUACAAAAGGGAACACAGUGAACAGUCUCUCUCCCAUCCUGUACUUCAGCCACUUAGAUUCCCUUCUCAGGUAACCAUGUCAUCAGUUUCUAAUGUAAACUUUCAGUGAUAUUAACCGUGUAGAUAAAUAAAUAUUUUCAUUUCUUUUUAAAAUAUAAAUGAGUAUACUAUACAUACUGUUCUGUACCUUUUUUCCAUUUACUAUAUCUUAAAGAUCAUUUUCUGUCAGUAUAUAAAAUCCUUUCUCAUUUUUUAAAACGAUUGUACAUUAUGGAUGUAUGCAGUGGAACCUGUCCCUUACUAAUGAACAUAUAAAUUGUUUCCAAUCUUUUGCUAUUAUAAUGCUGAAAUGAAUUACCUUGUAUAAAUUUAUGUCAUUUUGUACAUAAAUUUUCUCUGUAGGGUAAGUGGUCAGAGUAUGUGCACUUGUAAUUUAUAUCUAGAAUUAAAUUUAUAUAUAUUUUUUCUUAGUUUGCACCAGCAAUGCAAGUGCCCAUUUCCCCAUAGCUUCACUAACACAGUGUAUUAGCAGUCUAUUCCUUGCUAGUUAAAAAACCUUUGACAGGUUAAAAAAACAAAUUUCUUUUUUGAGGUAGGAUUUCUUCUUUUGAGGUAGAUAUUCUCUUUUGAGGUAGGAUUUCUUCACAUUUGGAGCUUUUGGAUUACCUUUUCUGAGAAUUCACUUCAUAUCCUUUCCCAUUUUUCUUUUCUCUUACAAUCCCCAUCUACUUAUCAUCAUUAAUUUUAAAGCAAACCCAGGACAUUUACCUGUAUGUAUUUCAGUAUACAUAUCUUUUAAAAAAGGAUUUUUAAAAAAAUAUAAUUCCUAAAAACACUAAUAUUUUUAUCACCAAAUAUCUAUCUGAAAUGUCAUUUUUAAAAAAGAAUAUUUCAAUCAGGAUCUAAACAAUAGUCCAUGCAUUGCAGUUCGUGACUGCACCUUUUCCCCUCUGCAUUAUUUUUUAAAACAUAAAUUUGAAACAUACAUAAAAGUUCAAUUAUCAACAUGGCUAUACCUCUCACCUUGAUUCUACAAGUCGCAUUUUGCCAUAUUUUCUUUAUCAUUACCUCUGCAUCCAUCAAUCUCUUUUUUUUUUUUUUUCAAUGGGUGUCAAAGAAAGUUGUAAAUGUUUAUACUUGUAAGCUUUUUGGCAUACAUAUUGUUAAAGAAUUUUUUCUUGUAAAAUUUACAGUGAAGUGAACAAAUGUUAAAUGUACCAUUUGAUGAAUGUGAUGUACAACUUGUAACCCAAACCCCUGGGAAACAAUGGAAUGUUUCCAUCUCAUUAGAAAGUUUGUUUACUCAGUCAAUUCCUACAUCUCUCCUAUCCUUUCUCCCUGUUAGAAUUUUGUUUUCACCAUAGAUUAGUUUGGCCUAUUCUAGAACUUCAUUUAACUGGAAUCAUACAGUAUGUAUUCUUCUGUAAAUUUCUUUAACUUGGCAUAUUUUGAGAUUCAUCUAUGUGUUUCAGCCCUUUGUUUCUUUUCAUUGCCAAGCAGGAUUCCAUUCUGUGGAUAUUCCAGUUUAUUUAACCUUUCACUUGUUAGGAGAACAACUGAAGGACAAUUGGCUGUUUCCAGUUUUUGGCUAUUAUGAAUAAAGUUGCUAUGAACCUCU